AUGAGCUAUCAAAGAACAAACGGAGGGAAAGGAGGAAGGGACAAUGCCCGUCACAAUAGGUACAACAAUACUUCUACUUUCCACGAUGGAUCUGAUGACGAUGAUCUGUCAAUAGAGUUUUUAGAACAUAAUGUUACCAAUACUCCAUUGACUCAGGGGACAUACAACUACAACCACUCGACCAACUCAAUGAGCUUUCAACAACCCGAGCCGAUAUAUCACCAUAACCACUCUACAACUUCCUUGGGUGAAAGUUACUACAACCAACCAAUAUUCAAUACUAGCACUUCUCAUCAUCCACUGGACGAUCCGUUUCGCGGAGAUUACGAAAUGCAAUAUCAAGGAUAUAACGGCAGCAGUAGUGGCAACAACAACAUCAACAACAACAACUAUCACCAAUCUUUUGUACCUCACGUAUACGAAGACGAAGAUUCUGAAGAAAGAGAAUUCGACCAGAGAAUCCAGUAUAACCAAUUUGAAGGAGAUCAUUACGAUUUGGCUACUGCUAGUUAUAUAGAUGACGAUAUCGAGAAUCUGCAAGCUGGAUUUGUACCUAUUGAAGGCACCAUCGAUGAAGAAAGAACAAUUGGUAGUCCCUUUGGUACUAACGAAGAACCAUUUCAAGAGCCACCGUUGGAGGAAGAAGUAAGAUCUAAGAAACCUAUUCGGGCAAGUGGUAUAAACGGUCAUUUAGUCUUGGAUUGUCCUGUUGCUGGUGAGCUUUUGUCGAAAUUCCCCGAUUACAAACAAGACGAAAAGGAUGGUGGCUUAUCUAGAGAGUUUGCUUUUAUGAGAUAUACUGCAGUGACUUGUGGUCCUUCAAAUUUUUAUCGCGAUGCUUAUAUCUUGAGACCGGUGCAUUAUCCUAUACCGAGACAAACCGAAUUGAUGAUUGUAAUUACAAUGUAUAACGAAAAUGACAUUUUGUUGGGAAGAACUCUCAAGGGUGUUUUUAAAAACAUUAAAUAUCUAGAGUCCAAGUCAAGAUCUUCUGUUUGGGGAAAGGAUUCUUGGAAGAAAAUAGUUGUUUGCAUUGUUAGUGAUGGACGAACUAAGAUCAACGAAAGAGCUCAAGCUUUACUUGCUGGGCUAGGAGUUUACCAAGAAGGACUAGCCAAGAGUAGGGUUAAUGACCAGAAGGUUCAAGCUCACAUGUAUGAGUAUACUACAAGAGUCGGAAUCAGCUCGGUAACUGAUGACGUUGUCAAGUUAACUACUGAAAAGAUUGUUCCAGUACAAAUGCUAUUUUGCUUAAAAGAAACAAAUGCUAAAAAAAUCAAUUCCCAUCGUUGGUGUUUCCAAGCAAUUGGUCAAGUAUUGGACCCAAAGAUUGUUAUUUUGUUGGAUUGUGGAACCCAGCCAGCAGGAAAGUCGCUUUACAAAUUAUGGAAGGAAUUUGAUCGUGAUCACCGUGUUGCUGGUGCAUGUGGGGAGAUUACAGCAUCGCUUAAGAAGAGGCAAAUGCUCACUAACCCACUAGUAUAUGGACAAAAUUUUGAGUAUAAAAUAUCAAACAUUUUGGAUAAGCCUACGGAAUCAUCGUUUGGGUUUAUAUCUGUUUUGCCAGGGGCGUUUUCUGCAUAUAGAAACAUUGCAUUGCAAAACGAUGUAAAUGGGAACGGUCCAUUGGAAAAGUAUUUCAAAGGUGAGUUUUUGCACAGUUCAGGUGAAUUAGAUCCACAAGAUGAUGAGUACGAAAUGAAGAGACAAUUGUUAAAAGAAGAAGCAGGGAUAUUUACUUCAAAUAUGUAUCUUGCCGAGGAUCGUAUUUUGUGUUUCGAGCUAGUGGCCAAACAUGGGUGUAAUUGGUUGUUAAGAUACUGUAAGUCAGCAAGCGCAGAAACUGAUGUUCCUGAGGGAUUAGCUGAAUUUAUCUUGCAAAGAAGAAGGUGGCUAAAUGGGUCGUUCUUUGCUGCCAUAUAUGCAUUAGUUCAUUUCCCCAAGAUUUGGACUAGUUCUCAUUCCUUUGGAAGAAAGAUCUUUUUUCAGAUUGAGUUUUUUUAUCAAUUUAUCAAUUUGAUUGUGUCUUGGUUCAGUAUUGGUUCCUAUUUCCUUGUGUUUCGAAUCUUGACCACAUCAUUAAUUAAUGCGGACUUGAAUUUCCCACCGGGAAAUGUAUUGUCUGUUGUGUUUUUAUGGCUAUAUCUUGCUUCUAUUGUGACUACAUUUGUGCUCAGUUUUGGUAACAAGCCCAAGGGAACAGAAAGAUUUUACAUUGUUAUUGUUAUUUUCUUUGCUAUACUUAUGGCAUAUAUGAUAUUUGCAGCUAUUUUUCUUGCCGUCCAUGCCAUCCAAGACAUUUACCGAAACAACCAAUUUUCAGUUGACUUAUUUUUCCAAAACGCUCAAUUUAGAGACUUGAUUGUUGCUACAGCAUCCACUUAUGCAUUAUAUUUUUUUGCUUCGUUUCUUUAUUUCGAACCAUGGCAUAUGUUUACCUCAUUUAUUCAAUAUAUUCUAUUGUCGCCAUCCUAUAUCAAUGUGCUCAACAUUUAUGCAUUUUGUAACAUUGACGAUAUUUCGUGGGGUACAAAGGGAGACGUUGGUGGAAAAUCGUUAGGUGAAGCGAAAUUAAGAGAAGAUGGUACAUUUGAUGUUUCUGUACCCAUACUAAAGGAAGAGAUAAAUCAAUCUUACUUGGAUCAGCUUGAAAAAAUUCGUGAUCCAGCACCACCUUCAGAAAAUGAAGGCGUUACAAGUUCAGAGGACUAUUUUGCGUUUAUUAGAUCUAUGACCGUUUUGAUUUGGAUGUUUUCCAACUUUGUGAUCAUUGCGGUGGUUUUAGAAACUGGUGGGUUUAAUCAAUUUGUAUCUGACAAUAACCAAAACGUAACAAAGACUACGCGUUCUGAAAUAUUCCUAACAGUAAUAUUAUGGACUGUGGCGUUUAUGGCGUUGUUUCGAUUCAUUGGGUGUAUUUAUUAUUUGUUUAGUCGUUUGGCAAGAAGAAUGAAGGGAAGUGAACAUGCUACCAAGUUAUAA